CGAGCAGGCAGCAGCCUGCAGCGUCGAUGAGUUCAUGGACAUUCCGUGCCUCCUCUCGUCCCUCUUGUGCGACGUUCGACGUGUCGGCCGCCGCACGCCCAAUGUGCCACCGGUGUGUAAGUGCCAAAUAACGUUCCCUGCAUCUACAGCCAGUGGCAAAAGUCGCAAUAUACCCACACCCACACCCUAUUGCAUACCGUUCAGGCUUACCCACCCACGCCUACCCAGCGCUGCCUUGUGCGAUCCUGUUCCACCCCCAUGAUUGUUUGCCUUGCCACUGGCCCAACGUGGCGAGCAGGACGAUUUUCGCUCACGUGCGGUAUUAUCGGCUGGCGCAGUUCGCACACACGUGGAGAGAGCGAACGAACGAGUGCACGCGGCACGCGGCGUCGUUCCCGGUUCUGCCUCUCCUGCCUCUUUGCCUCUCGACGACCACCCGGUCAAUAAUACUGCGCAUUGCAUGCGAAACUUAAUUUCACGCUUAUAACGAGCAAGACGUCGGCGCGCGACGCAUCGUCCCGCGCGCUUCUUCUUUUACUUCUUCUUUUUCUUCCUGCACGCACUCCUGCUGCAGCUAAACCAGAAAAACUCACACUUAUCGCGUUGCGCCACACGAAUGAACGAACGCCGCUUUCGCCCUGUGCGACUUGCGCGACCGCCGAGUCGAUAAGGGGGUGCAAGUCCCGCAACAGCACAUCGCAUAAUAAUGUCGCAGGAUAAUAAAUCUGCGAUCAAAGUGAAGAAGAAACGACGCUGCUUGUCGAUCAGCGAAAAAAUCGACGUCAUUCAUGAACUGCUGCGCGGUGAGAAAAACAAAGCAGUGUGCCAAAAAUACAAUCUCAAGUCUUCCACCGUUUCGACGUUGUGGAAAAAUCGCGGGAAUAUCAUCGCCGCGCUCACCGAUACGCACACCUCGACGAAGAAGUUGCGCAAAUGUGAGCUGGCCGACUUGGAUCAGGCGCUCUACGACUGGUUCACGACGCAGAGCACUGCUGGUGUGCCCAUCAAUGGACCCACGUUGAAGUUGCAUGCGGAGAAGAUCGCCAAAUGUCUCGGCCAUGACAAUUUCACCUGCAAUAAUGGCUGGCUGGGGCGCUUCAAGUUUCGUCACAAUAUCGCCUAUGCCAGCGUGCGUGGCGUCACCGUAGAGCGUGCGGAGCGCGCGGAUCAAGUUGAUGCACUCCGGACGCUGCGUUUCAGUGACGCAUUUGAUAUGUCGCGGAAAAACGAGGACGAUGAGGAUGAGGAUGAUGAAGAGGAUGAUGAUGACGAAGAAGAUGCUGAAGAGGACGAGUGGAUGCCACUGGAUCUCAGUCCCACGGGGCGCUACUAUCAGAAGUACAGCGGCAAUGCGUGACUACGUCUGCUUCUGUGCAAUCGAAAUGCUUGUUUUCUAACUAUGCGUAAUUACAUAACUAUACUAUGUACAAAUGUCAAAUUAAUUAAAUAAUAUACUAUGUAUUGCUUAUAAGGAA